UUAUUUAUCUAUUUUACUUUGUGAUUUUUUGAAAACCAACGAUUGUUUAAAAGCAACAUGGCUAGAAUAAAUGGUGGGACAGUGCUCCCUCCUCUCUGAUAUUACGCUCAUGAUCAAUGCUUGAUAAAUUUAGCUGAUGCCUCCAUUAUUCCUUGAAUGUAAAAAAGAUUGCUCAACAUUUAAGUGACUUUUAGGGGUAAAAAGUAUAAACUUAUUUUAUUGGUUAAAUUUUUAUCUUCCGUGUUUAAGGCCUUAUAUAUAUAUAUAUAGCUGCAAAUAUAUUCAAGAAACGUCUUAUUCCAGAAAAGCUUUCGUUAAGACAAGAUCAAAAAAGUUAAACCAUGGCAAUUGUGUGGGCAGCGCUCCUUAUGUCCGCCAUUGUAUGCACAAGUUCCCAGUACAUUUACCCCAAAGAAAAUGAUCGAUGUGCCAGUAAUAGAGAGACAAUGAUGGAAAUUCGAGAACUUUUGAUCCAACAGGAGCGGAUAAAAAAAUCUGUAGAAUUCAUAGGACAGAUGGUGAAGAGACUCAAAGAAGAUGUAACCAAGACCCAUGAAGAUGUCCAAAUCAUCAAGAGAGGAUUAGAACAUUAUACGGACUGUCGUGAUUACUAUCUAAACGGUUACAAAGAGUCUGGUGUGUAUCUCAUAUAUCCCCUUGGUUUAAAAAAUCAGAUGCGCGCGUACUGCGAUAUGGAGGUCCAAGGAGGAGGAUGGACAGCAAUUCAGAAACGGACAAGCGGUUCUGUUGGUUUUAACAGAACGUGGGCGGACUAUAAAAAGGGAUUUGGGGACGUAACUGACUCAUACUGGAUAGGAAAUGACGUGAUUCAUCAGCUGACAAAGGGAAGGAACUCCUCCCUCUACGUCUCCAUUACAUUAACAAACGGUACCACGUUAUACGAACUUUAUAAUCAAUUUUCUGUCUCUGGUGAAUCUGACAAAUACAGACUCUUCCUCGGGGGACCAGCUACCGGGACAUUGGGUGACCGAAUGCUAAACACAGGGAUGUCCCCGUAUAAUCUGUCUGGGAUGUACUUUUCCACCCCAGACAGAGAUAACGGAAGAUAUAGUCACAUAUAUAGUGACCGUAACUGUGCUGCGUACUGGGGAGGAGGCUGUCACGCCGCCUUCCUUAACGGUCCCUGGUCCUCGACAGACUGGUACAAUCCAUGGUCUCCUACAGUGAUGUAUAGUAGAGAUAUAGAGGGGGUUCUCAUGAUGAUAAAAGCUCAUUGAAUAAGUUAUGUAAUGUUUUAAUGAUGUGCUGAUGUUGACUGUGUUAUAUCUUAUAGUAAAAGAUUGUAAAGAAGAAUCUUAUGAUAAUAAAACCUCACCGACUGUAUCAUAUCUUAUUUAUUGACAAAUUUAUAGUGAAGUUUGAAGAUAUUAAUUCUUUGUAAUGUUGUUUUAACAUGUACAUAUAAAGUUGGAU